GCCUGAGACGCCUCGAUCCAACGCCUACAUUCCAACCAGCUCGAAAUGCUCAGCAGAUGACACCAUGCCGCAGAGAACCUCCGUCAGGACAUAUGGCAAGAGGGCCAGGAAGCCUCAGCCGGGCAAGGCUUUGGCGGAACUGGACGUCAACGUCUCCAUGAGCACAACCACUUCCAAGAGCACAGUGUCCGAUGACACAGUCACCAAGAUCACAAGAAGGCUCAAGGACGUCACCAUCCACGAUGAACAGACAACCAAGUCAUCGGCUAAGCCCAAGGCCGCCCUACCAGCACCGGAGCCUGAGCCAGAAUCAGUGCGACUGCCGCCACAGACUCCCAGGAGACUACACCAAUUGGAGAAACCAAGCCUGAUCCCGACACCGCUGGACAUUCAGGAAGACUCCGAGAUCCUGACAUGGGAGGACGUCUGCCCCUUUGGAGACCGGAUCGAGAAGAUCGCGGAGGCGUCUUAUGCGGAAGUCUACCGCAUCACAAACGACCGAGGAACCAGCAUUAUCAAGGUGAUACGUCUAGAGUCGCCAAUCAGGCCACAGACGAAAGCCCAGCAGAAGUCCGGCCUUGUCGACGAGGAGCCCCACAGCGAGGAUGAUCUCGCGGGCGAGCUGCAGAUCUCGGAACUGCUGGCGGACAUUCCGGGGUUUGUCAUCUACAAGGAGAAAUACACCGUCCAGGGCAAGACCACGCCGGCGCUCCUGGAGACGCACCAGAGCUUCCACAAGAAGAUGAAGCGGAAGGACCCGGGUCGCCUGCAGUUCUACCCCUCGCCAAGCCGAUACCUGAACGAGACCAAGUUCCUCGUGGUGGAGCUGGGCGAUGCAGGCACGGCACUCGAGGAUCUGGAGAUACGCUCUGUCGACCAGAUAUGGGACAUCUUCCUGAACGUCGCCGUCGCACUGGCCAGGGCGGAGAACCUGGUGAGGUUCGAGCACCGCGACCUGCACGAGGGAAACGUGUGCGUGCGCGAGGUCAGGAGCCCGGAGGCCAAGACAGACCGGUCCCCACGCCGCUUUGGAUACUCGGGCCUGGACGUGACGAUACUGGACUACGGCCUGUCGCGGGCCGAGGACGCCGAGGACGCCUCGGCGCGGCCCAUCGCCCAGGACCUCGAGAAGGACCUGGGCCUGUUCACCAGCACCCACGCGCCGCAGUGCAGGGUGUACCGGCAGAUGCGGUCGUACCUGCUGAAGGGCGACCGCGUGUGCCUCCCGCCAGAGGCGCACGACAGGCCCUACGAGAAGGGCGUCAACGGGCGCGUGUCGUGGAGGCAGCACCAUGCGUAUACCAACGUCCUGUGGCUGGCAUACCUGUACGAGUACCUGGUCGGGAACUUCAAGGGCGGCAAGAAGGAGCUGGCCGCCUUCCGGCGCGAGUCCCAAGAGUUCUGGACGCACCUCGACCCCGAGGCACCCCCGGAGAUACUCUCCUUCUCCAGCGCGGAGGACGUCGUCGAGUUCGCGGUCGAGGCAGGUUGGAUAGAGGAAGACCAGCUCGUCGGCCCGAACGGCGACACGAGCUUCUCCCAGGCCGGCGACGAGAGCAUAAUAGAGAUACGGUCGUCGCGGAGGGACGAGGUGAGUCUUAGGAGGUCGCCUAGACGGCGCGUGCAGCCGCCUGUGGGGUGAAGCUGUGCUCUCCCCUGGGGAUCCUCGGCCGGGACCCGAACAGUAUGCUGCGCAUGGUGUUGCUUGAUGAAGAUCAUGAUAAAAUGGCGAUAAGGGGGUCAGGUUUUUGUUUCUUGGGUUCUGCAUAUUGAUACCAGCGGCAUAGAUGAUUUAGGCAGGCAGCGGUUAGUUCCAG